GUUAGGAUUUAAAAGUUUGUGUUUUAUCGCCUGCCCCCCAACAGCCAGACCAUUUCACGAGGCUUUUCUUUUAAUUUCUAAUAUUUCCCCAGUAUUUCUUCCAUCAACUUGUGAUCGCGUUUAAAUCGAGCGUAAUCUCGUGUUAUUGUUUUAUAUUAUCCUUUGGUACGCCGGCAAACGUCUACCUUCCAUGCCAUUAGAAUACUGGAGUGUUGAUUGUCUUGAAUCAUCUUAAUAAGCUUCCUAAACUUGACGGAACAAGAUGGUGCGAACGAAGAAAGUCUCGAAAGGUUCGAGAGCCUCAACUCGAUCAUCAACCAGAAAAAGAUCUAUGGUAUCUAGAGCCUCUACUUUGUCAUCAGGGAAUAUAACAUGUGACAGUGAUGGAUUUGCAGUUCCAGGCCCUGCGGUAAAAACUCUAGAAUCUAUGAGGAAAGAUAUAAAAGAGCAGUUUAUUCAGCAUCUGAAUGAGCUUACCAUGGCACACAAAUUGCAAAAAAAUAACGUCAUGAGAACGAUUGCACGAUUUAAAAUCAAAUUUGCUGCUGAUCUUCAAAAACCCAUUUGUCAAUUGUUAGCAAACUAUCAGCCUCCUGCCCCUGCAUCUGCAACAAAAAUCCCCACCUCAGCUCAAAAGAUUGUGUCAGUUAAUUCUAGUGUUAUGCAAGAUAGAACAAAUAUGCCACUCUUGUCAAAAUCGAUCAAAGCAAAAACUGUGAAGCAGACUGAUAAAGAUGUCUUUAAACAACCAGCCGGCAAAACCAGGAAUAGCUUAAGAAUUCAGCAGCAAACAUCUACCAGUAAAUUUGUGACACCAUUAAAUGCCAGACCAACGCCCAACAUGCCUCCAGUAACCCCAAAAGUAAAUAUAGACACUCCCUUAUCAAUAAUUCGUCGCCCACGAGCAGGAGAGUUCGCAAUGUCCAUCACAGGCUCACCGCUCAUGGUCUCUGCUAUCCCUCGCGAAGAAAUUCCGUCAGUCUGUGUUCCAUUACCAGAUGGAAACAUUCUUUCAAUCCUGCCAAAUCAAGGACUCUUAGCAGAAGAUUUGCCGUUCUUAGAUGAAGGUUUAAGAGCUCAACUGGAAACUCUGCAAUCAAAUUUGAAAGUUAUCAUCGGUGACCGUUGAUUUAUUUCUUUAGCUGUAAAAUUUAUUUUUAUACUUGAUUGUAAAUAAUUACCAUGGGCUCCCAAAGAUGAUUCACAACCUGCUUUUUGCCCGCUAUGCUGAAAAAUUGCCAGGAAAAGAACCUGCUCCGUGCUUAAUGUCCUGCUCCGUUUUUAGGUCCCAUUAAAUCAGACAAUUGGUGUGUCUUAUCUAAAAGAGCCUAUGGUCAUAUUUGUAUCAAAGAAUUCUUUAUUUGUAGUCAAUACUUGUAAAUAGCAAAUUUUAAAAAUCAAUGGACCACAGCCAGACUUGCUGUCAAUAAUAUGAUAGUUGAAAUGAAGGCCGUAUUUUUUUAAGAAAAGAAAAGAAAAAAAAAGUGGUUCCACAGAUGAACAAGACUGUUGUCCUUCUACACAUUUCAAGGUAUGGUUAUUUAAAUGAUGUUAUUUUUUAAUAUUCAAUUCGCCCUUAUUUUAAAAUGAACUAGUCCUUACACAUUUGUUGAUUUCAUGGAAGAAUGACGGAAAAUAUUCAUCAUCUAUUAUGAAAUUUUCAUCUCUGAACUGCAAAGCAUACCUAUUAAAUCUAAUUUCUUAAAAUUCAAAGUAUAUAUGGGAAGAGAUCACCUGUGAGCCAGUACUUUUCCCCUGUCCUCUUCGUGUCUUUUCCUUCUUCUUUUAGAUUUCUCCUAAUUUUUUUUUCUCCCCCUUCGCAAUGUGCCACUGGACAAGUGAGAAUUUAAGCACUAUGAUGUUUGCUUUCUCAUCUAAAUUUGAUGUAGAGCAUGAUCUGUGCUACGAGAAUUAUGGGAACUAACCCAGAACCAAGAUAUUAACGUUUUUCAAAUUUCCCCAUCAUGUAAAAAAAAAAACAUGAUCUGCUCGUGUCAAAUAGCUCACUGAGUGACAGUCCUAGCAGUUUGAAAAUAUGGCAAUCUCAAUAUUGGUGCUGCGACUCAGAUAUUGCAUGCUGUUCACCAAUUGAGCACUCAGGGUGAGGAAGGAACACUACUUACCGAGGAGCCUGCCAAAACCCUCAUGUUGUGCGAUUUGACUCAAGUAGGCUCUGGUUUUUCACAUGAGCUGGAAAUUCAAAUAAUUUGUAACCAACAUCAAAUAAAAACAUUAAUAUCUUGGUUGGGAGUUAAUUGGCACAAUUCUCUUUGUGCAAAUUGUUCCAUGAGUGAAAUUUUGAAGAGGAAACGAAUGUCAAAAUGUUUGAGUGUGUAUCUCGUCUAUUGGUCCAUAUGGAACAAUUAUACCUAAUGAAAUGAAUAAGAGACUGGUUUCUAACUGCGGUUAAUGGCUCAAUAAUUUAUGGAAAUUACUCUUGCAACUCAUUUCUUAUUUUUUUAAUAAAUUCCAUUUUAUUUUCGAAGAGAGGAUACUCCCCCAUAGCUUUAUAUUCCCCCUUCUCCUCCUCCCAGUGCUGUUUUUAUCUACUUUUAACGCCUAUCUCCAUAAUUUUCUCUCUUCUUUUUACAAGUAACAAUUAUAACUAGGUAUCACUGUAAAGCCUCUGCAUAUCAUGUUCUGAAGGGCCAGUUAUGAACUGAAAUAAAUGUUUUUAUAAUUCCUAGAAUUUUAUUUUAAAUUUUAAGUUUAUGUAGAUUCAUAAUAAAAAGAAAAAAUUAAAUUGUCAGCAAAAAAAA